GCGUCGGCCCGGGCCGGGAGCGAGGAGGGGCUGGAGAGCGGCGCGGCUGCGGUGGGAGCUGCGAGCGUUUUCAAUGCCUGAAGAACAAACUGAAACUAUAAUGGCAGUUGAUGAACUUCAAGCCAUAAUAGAAAGAUGCCAAAUUCUGGAAGAAGCUGAUUUUAGAGGAGAAGAUUAUGAUCUGUUUCAGGUAGCAGGUCAGAAAUGUUUAGAAGAUGGGUAUGCUGCUCAGUUAUUAGAAGUGAUUCAAAAUGUGAAAAAUAAGGUUAUCAUCAAGAAUAUGGGUUGGAAUCUCAUCUCUCCUCUUGUUAGAUGUAUUUUAGCAUAUAAAAAGGAAGAUGAGAAGCGAGAACUCUGCCUGAGGAUACUAGAUCAGUUGGUGCAGCUGUGCAAUCCAAAGGAACUUUUUUUGGGUUUACUUGAGCAGAUUGAACAAACAUCAGGAGAGCAGGUGUGCCAGACUAUCAUGUUACUGCUUCAACCUUUGCAGACAGUGCUUUUGAAGCUUCAGAACAAGAAGGCCUACUCGGUGGGCUUAUCUUUGGCCAUGAUUAUGAAUCAGCUUACUGCCUUGCCUGUACCUUAUACAAAGCAACAAAUACAAGAAGAUGAACUUGGUCUCUGCCAGUGUUGUAAUGCAGUGGUGGACUUUGCUAAACCUUUUGUGAAUGAAGUUGUUAAAAACGUGGAAAAGUCAUCAGAAUACAAUGACAUGGAGCUGAAAGAAGAAUUAUUGAAGUUCUGUAUGAAAAGCCUGAAAUACCCAUUAUUGACAGCUCAGCUUGAACAACUGGAAGGCAUUGAAGAACAUCCAUUUCGCCAUCUUGCAGCUGAAAUUAUAGACAUUUUGCUGGAUAUAGGAGAACUAAUGCCACUAGUGUUCUUACAUCAUAAAAGCAGAAGAUCAUACUGGGAGAAUCAGGAGUUUGAGGAUAUAGAGCGAAAGAAUUCUGCAGAUUCUUUGGCAUGUCUGUCAUACCUGGUGUUUGUUCAGCACUUUGGUAUCAAUUGCUUUCCAAUGGUAUUUAGCUCAUCAUACCUUCUCCAAUGCAAUAUGACACAUAUUGAAGUGCUACUGAAAAGAACAGAAGAAUCUGUGUUAUCUAAAGGACUUGAUCUGUUUCAGAGCUGUUUAUUGAGAAUGGAAGAUAAUGGCCUUCUCCAUGAGUAUUUGGAAUUCAGAGAAUUUAUUAAUGUGCCUCAGGAUUUGGUGAAAAUUAUGACCCUUUGUCCCAUAGAACAUCUGAGAAAGAAGAGUUUGAGUAUUUUGCAAUUGUUCAUAGAUAAAUUUGAAGCAGAGGGAAAAUAUACAUUAUUCAGGUGUUUACUGAAGACAAGCAACCAUGCUGGUGUAGAAGGAUACAUUAUUAAAAAUAUAAAAGAUCAGAUUCACUUGUCGGUAACGAAGGCACACGACAACAUUUGGUUUACGGGACAUCACCUGAUCUCCCUUCUAGAUUUAGUGCUUUUGCUUCCUGAAGGUGCUGAGACAGAUCUUCUCCAAAACUCAGAUAGGAUUAUGGCAUCACUAAAUCUACUGAGAUAUUUAGUCAUUAUGGAUUGUGAAAGUGAUAAUCAAACUGGUGUGUGGACUGCGCUUGCCAAGAUUGAGAAAAAUUUUUUAAAACCACUGCAUGUUGGACUGAAUAUGUCAAAAGCACACUAUGAGGCAGAAAUAAAGAAUAAGAAAGAAAACAGAAAAGAGGCACACAGUUCUAACACAAUUUGUUCUUUGACUGUCAGUGGGGAAAAGAUGCCUGCCAUGACUACUGAAAUGCAACUUCAGGUUUUACAGUCAGCUCUCUUCACAUUUGAUUUAAUAGAAAGUGUUCUAGCUCGAGUAGAAGAGCUCAUUGAAGUGAAAGUAAAAGCUGGAAUGGAUGAAAAUAUAUAGGUCAUCUGAAAUAUCUGAGUUAACAUACUUUUUGCAAGAUCAUUUUGAUCAUUAGACUUGAGUUAAAAAGAGGGUUAUACCAACCUUUGGAGAAUAGCUUAGAGUGGCCUCUAGAAAAGUUGCAAGUCCUGCUGUUCAUUUGCCUGUUGCUGUGUUGGUUUUUUUUUUUUUUUUUUUUUUUUUAGGCAAAAACAAACUUAUUUUGCCAUUUUUGUCUGUGAUCACAGAGAUGGACUGAAAAGUGUUCACCUUCAGAACCUGAUGUUUUUUCUGAAGCAUAGAAUGUAAAUCUACAAGACGUUUUUGUGUUGUGCUGUGGUAAGAAUGUAUGAUUGUGCAUUUCUUGUUCUAUUCAUUUUCGAAGUAUUUUAGGUAACUUGCUGUCUUAUGAUCUGAAUUAUAAAGAUUUUUAUAAAGUAACCUGGAGAGCUGUGAAUUAAAAAGCACUGCGAAAGGAGUAGUUAUUUUUAUUAGUACUUUUUAAUAUUGACAAACAAGCUUCUAUAUUUACAAGCAGGUCUAUAAGCUAUAGAUAACAGAUAAAGGCAAACCAAAGCAGGUUUAAAGAAAAACACAGCAGCCUUGAACCGAGUAAAAUAUUAAAACUCAGUAAAAGAACAGAUAAAACUUGUGUUUAAAAAUGCACUGUGUGAGGCUUGAUGCACAGCUGUUUUAACAUGGCAAACCUGUAUUUUGAAAUUGUUUUGGUCAUCGUUAUCUCUAACGAUAAAGUUUUCCUUAAGAUUUAUUACAUAAUUUGAGAAAUUAUUAUAAACAGAUGAAUGCACACAUGCAGAAUCAAACCAAAUAACAGGAUAACACCUCUUUAGUGCAGCUAAACUACAUUUUUAUUUUGUUAGAAGGCAUAUAUAUAUAUAUGUAUAAUGUAUAGUAUUUUUCACUGUAGAGUUAUUUAAUAUAAAUUUGUUUCAAAUGUGUAAAUUGUGUAUAUAGUUUUUUAAAAUGUAACAGGAUAUUUAAGAACUUUCUAUAUAUUGUUUAAAGUAUAGCUGCUAUAAUUACUUUAUGAAUAAAACUUCUCAGUCAAUUAUUACUAUGCAACUUCUGGUACUCCUGAAGCACCUUCCAGACUGGACUGUUUUCUAUUAUGUGGGUUUUUGUCAUUGCCAUUUUCUGAGAAACAUCAUCUGCGCGUGGCUUGGAAUUCAUCUUAGAGGAAAGAAAAAUAUUAUGAGUGAAUAUUACGAGAAAUGUUCACUUCCUGAAAAAUGAAUACUCAAUCUAUCUGAAUCUGUAAGACCAGUCCUAACAUGACUACUCCUAUCAGCUUUGCAUCUGCUUAUUAUCUAGGUAGUAUUUUUACAGGAGUUGGAGUGGUAGCUUUGGACUAGAUGGAUGGUAUUGGUCCCUUGCCCAUGUUCCUUAUCCUAGGUCAAAAUAAGUUUAUUUUCUAGGAGAUAUAAUUAGGGACUCUCUUACAAGAGCUCAUUGGAUUGACUCUGUACUGUAUCAGUAAUAACAUAAAGGCAACUGAGAUAUCUGUGGUCUGUAAUGUAAUGACUUCUUAUGGGGCUGAUUGUUAAAAUCCAGUGUAUUCAUUCUGAACAGAUUCAAUUUUAAAGGAUCAACAGUAAUCUCAAAAGGUUUUAGGUUAAUGCUGCAUUAAGAAACUGGGCCAGACAGCAGCAGAAUACAAAGUUAGAAAAAUACAAUGUUCAAUGUUGUAAUAAGCAUUCAUCAACUCUUACCAUACAAUAGAUGAGAUGUAGUUUCUAACAUGCUUUCUAACCUGCUGCUUUUAUUUUUGGUGGGAUGGUCCUAGCAUUGUUGUAGAUAGUAUCUAAGUUAGAACUCUCAUGGAAAAUGUUAUUUAAAGCAGUUCAGGCUUCAGUGAGGAUGUUUAUACAUGCAAGGUAUGUUGCUGUUACAUAGAUUAAAUCAUACUCAUUAUGCUGUAGAAAUAAUGUAUUGCUAUGUGCAUCACUUAAAAAUCUGCAGAUAGCUAGUGUUUUCAGAUCACCACUUUAGAAGCAGUUAGAUAUUUAGAUCUUUUUCAUCUCGUGUUGCUUCAGUGCUGGUAAGUGAAAUGAAGAUAUUCGUAUUUCAUAGAACAGCUUUGUUUGGAAGGGUCCUUAAAGAUCAUCUAGAUCCAUCUAUUGGGCAGGGUUGCCACCCAUUAGAUCAAGUUGCUGUGGUCCCCAUCCACACUGUCCAUGAACCCCUCCAGAGAGGGAACAUCCACAGCUUCUUUGGGUUAAGCAUGGUGACAUCCUAAAUUACAGAGAUAAGUAAGAGCUGAAUUAACUUUUAAGUGUUUCAUUUGUCUUCAUGCAUUCUGUUGAUUUAAAGUUACCUUUAACAAUAGUUUAAACAUUUGAGCAGCAGUUCCACCUCAAGGUGAAACACGGAUUGUGUAAUAUGACUUCAUACAUGGGCAGAUAGUGAUAGGAUAAGGGGGAAUGGUUUUCAAUUGAAAGAGGGGGGAUUUAGGUUAGAUAUUCAAAGGAAACUCUUACCAUACAACUCUUACCAUGCAAUAGAUGAGAUGUAGUUUCUAACAUGCUUUGUAACCUAACUACAUCUCUGGAGGUGUUCAAGGCUAGGUUGGAUGGAGCCCUGGGCAGCCUGAUGCAAUGGGUAACAACCCUCCCCAGAGCAGGGUGUUGGAACUAGGUCAUCUUGAAGUCUCUCUUCCAACCCAAAUGAUUCUAUGACUGUAAUCAAUAUGAUGCAGAAAGAUCCAUUAAGGAAAAACAAAUGUUUUCCAAGUUAAAAUACCUCUGAAGUUCUGAGGAGUAAAUCAUUUUAAUCAUAUUUAACUAGGCUUACCUUAGCUAUAGUUAGCAUCAACUUAACAGUUUCAGCAGUAUUGUGAACUGGUAUUAUACGUAAAUUGCUUCCCAGGAAUCUACACAUCAAAAUAAAUUAAGGUUACUUUCAGAGUGCACAUUUAAUUAUGCCAUGAAACUCAAAAAACAUUCUCACAUAAUGUAAACAACUUCUUUGUCUGC